CCCUUACUGUCAGCUGCUGUCAGAAAUGAAAACAAGAAAAAACAGUACUGAUCGUGGCCGCUAAAGGGUUUUUGAACUAUCAUAUACUGAAGACUUUGUUUUAUUUCGUAAAUUUUUAAGGAAAUGUAUAUUCUGUUACAUGAACAAACAACCGAUUCAAUUCCUAUUUGCCGGCUGUGCGGUACACAGUGCAUGGAUAUUUCCUACCUUGACAUAUUUGGAGAUGCUGGGCAAUUUAUGGCUUUCGCUAUCCAAAAGUAUCUUGAAAUUGAGGUCUCUGAAAAGGAGGCAUUCUCUAAAACUGUUUGCCAUAAUUGUAGUGGGAGGGUUGAAGAGUGGAAUGUUUUUUACAACAAGUGUCACGAGGUACAGUCCCUGUUCAAAAUCCCACCUCUAACAUUAGAGGAAUCCACAAGUGUUCAAACAGGAGAAACACAAGCUAUUUUUCAAAGUGAAAGUGUAUCAAAUCAUCUUACAAAGUUGGUGGAAGAAUUGGUGCAAGGUGGCCCUAUGGGAUCGGAAAAAAUUUCGUCUGAGGCUGUUCUCGUAGAGGCAAUGGAUGCUACGGGAAUAAAGGCAGAAGAUGGUGCAGAAUUAAAUCAAGAUGAUGACGCAGAUUCAACAGAAGCAGAUGAAGAUCCAGUAUCUGAUACAGAAGAUGAGUUUGAAGAAGACUUGAAUUCUGAAAGUGAUGAACAGUCUGGUGAUUCAGAAGCCAAACAAACACAAAAAUCAAGACAUAAGAAAUUUGUGUUUGAUAUUCCAUUCCUUGAAACAAAACUGGGAAGAAAUUUUACUCCUGUAGAAAAAAUUAAGCUCCAGAAGCACAUAAACAAAAGACAGAACACCUUAAUAUACGAAAUGCUGAUUGGUGGUGGACCUGGGCAGUUAUGGGAAUGCCAAGUUUGCCAAAAAUCUAUCAAAGGACGGGCCUGUGAAGUGACAAAACAUUACCUUGAGACCCAUCAGGUACAGCCUAUCUUCCCAUGUCAUGCGUGCGAAUACACCAGUAGGACGGAGAAGAUGUACCAGGCACAUCGCAUGAGCCACCUUGUCGAAUACCCGUGUGAGCACUGUGGCAAAAUUUUCAGCCAGCACUCUAGACUCGUCUAUCACAUGAAUUCACAUACCAACGAACGUGAGUUUGAGUGCGACAUUUGUCAGAAAAAAUUCAAUACUGCUCAAUACGUUAACACCCACAAACGCAAAGUUCACGGGGAUCAGGAGAAGCUACUGAAGUAUACCUGCGAAUUGUGCGGUAUGCGUUUCAAGUACAAGAAUCAUCUGCAAUACCACCAGAAGAGACAUCCCACUGACGAGAAUCCAUUGCCUUACAGUUGCAAGUAUUGUGAAGAGCACUUUAUGACACGUGCCGAGCAACUGGCCCACAGCAAUACGGUUCACGCCGGCGAAGGGGAUUUCGUCUGCCAUUUGUGCGGCAAGAAGAUGAAGACGAUACUUUCACUGGAGAACCACGUUAAACUUCAUAGUGGCCUCAAAGAAUUCAAAUGCGACUUAUGUGACUCAGCCUUCGCCACCAAUCACAGCCUCAAGUGCCACAAAAAGAUACACGAGCGAGGGCCGGACAACAGUUCACAGCACGUCUGCCCCGUUUGCCAGAAACCAAUGAGCAACAAAAGCUCCCUGAACCAGCAUUUGAAAACGCAUCAGAGCACGAAACCACACCAGUGCCAACACUGUAGCGCCUCUUUCAUUCACAAAAAUCGAUUAGAAAUUCACAUGCGGAAGCAUACGGGUGAGUUCCCUCACACUUGUGCGGAUUGUGGCAAAAGAUUUCGCAGUACGAGCAGCAUGAACAGCCAUCGCCAGUACGUCCACAGCGAGCGCAAAUUUGCCUGCGAAAUUUGUCAGAAGGCCUUCAAGACAUCCAGAGAUCUGAAGGUUCAUUCGACACUGCACACCGGCGAGAAGCCCAAUGUUUGCGGCAUAUGUAACAAGGCAUUUCGGGUGCGUGCCAAUUACUUCAAACACCGGAAAAUUCAUAUGCGGGCUGCCAAUUCCAAUCGAAAUGAAGUUCAGACAGAGACAGCUGGUGAAGCUGCACCUGAAGAGCAGGAGCAAGAAGAAGAAGAGGACGAGGAAGAUGAAAGAACAGUCCAAAGUGAAAUGGAAAAUGGGGCCGGCUUACCGAUAGAAGAAACCGUGGUCCAUCAUAAUCUUGUCCCGGCCGUGUCCGCUACAACGGCCGGGGAUUUCUUCCAGUUCGCCAACGAACAACAAUGGAUCACUUAGUAGUUGCUCGUAGACGAUCCGUCCAUGUCCAAAUCAUCUCUCCGUUGUAAACAGAUAUAUCAAUAAUCGAAACGCCCGGCCUUUGUUUAGAUUGCCGUCCGAUAGAUGGGACACCUCCAGCUAUCGCUUUCUUCGUUUGAAUUCCGUCUUCAAUGUGUUCGCGUCGUGUUUCUUACCAAAAGUGUUUGCCUGGACGAUGUGCAACGGGGCGUCGUGUGGCGUGUCAAUCGUCAGCGUUGUGAUUUCGUGGGUUGGAGCACAACAACACUGUUUGCUUGCUGGCCUUGGUGGCUCAACAGCAAAUCAACGAUGGACCACCUCUUUCAUCCGCACUGCCGUUGCUUGGAUUUUUUUUUUUUUUUUUAUACAGUUGUUGCCUUUGAGAUUAAGGGUAGGAGCCAUGGACACGGGCAGCUGAAAUACUUUAAUGGGUUGGGGCCCAGCAAAAAAAUAAAAGAAAGGAGGAAAAAAAAACGAAUAAAGAAUGUGCGAGAAAAGAAUAUAAAGUGUAAAACACAAAACAAUGAAACAACAA